AUGGGAACUUCGAGUGCAAAUGACAUGGACGUGGUCGUGGACGUGGACGUGGACAUGGACAUGGACAUGGACGUGGACAUGGACGUGGACGUGGACAUAGAUGUGGAUGUGGACAUGGACGUGAACAUGGACGUAGACGUGGACCUGGACGUGGACGUGGACAUGGACGUGGACGUGGACGUGGACGUGGUCGUAGACGUGGACGUGGACGUGGACGUGGACAUGGACAUGGACGGGGACGUGGACGUGGACGUGGACGCGGACGUGGACGCGGACCUGGACGUGGACGUGGACGUGGACGUGGACCUGGACGCUGACAUGGACGUGGACAUGGACGUAGACGUGGACGUGGACGCGGACGUGGACGUGGACGUGGUCGUGGACGCGGACGUGGACGACUUGGACGUGGACAUGGACGUGGACGUGGACGUGGAUAUGGACGUGGACGUGGACAUGGACGUGGACGUGGACGUGGACAUGGACGUGGACGUGGACAUGGACGUGGACGUGGACGUCGACGUGGACACGGACGUGGAUGUGGACGUGGACAGUGAGGUGGACGUGGACGUGGACGUGGACGUGGAGGUGGACAUGGACGUGGACGUCGACGUGGACGUGGACGUGGACGUGGACGUGGACGUGGAGGUGGACGUGGACGUGGACGUGGACGUGGAGGUGGACGUGGACGUGGACGUAGACGUGGACGUGGACAUGGAGGUGGACGUGGAGGUGGACGUGGACGUGGACGUGGACGUGGACGUGGACGUGGACGUGGACAUGGACGUGGACGUGGACGUGGACGUGGUCGUGGACGUGGACGUGGACGUGGACGUGGACGUGGACAUGGUCGUGGACGUGGACGUGGCGAUGGACGUGGACGUGGACGUGAACGUAGACGUGGACGUGGACAAGGACGUGGACAUGGACGUGGACGUGGACGUGGACGUGGACAUAGACGUGGAGGUGGACGUGACGUGGACGUGGACGUGGACGUGGACGUGGACGUGGACGUGA